CACUCGACAACCGCAGUAUCGGCAAACGUUCAUAAAACGUUUAGACGUAAUAACCUUAUAGUGUCACUUCUCUCCUUAUUUUAGUAUUUAGACCAUAUAAAUUUUCAAUUUUCUUCAUUUUUAGUUGUUUAAGUGUUAAGUGUAACAUAUGAUGUUUUAAUAAUGCAAAGUGCCGCAUCAGUAUACGCAUUUUGAAGCAAUUACGUAAUGGGAAUUAUGCUAGAGAAGUUUAAAGUUUUGCCCUGAAAUCCAACAUGGCCGCUGACACGGGAAUGGAUACUUGCCCUAGUCCGGAAAUCACGGACUCAAGGAAACGACCUCUUGACGGCGAUUCAGAAAAUGGAGAUAUCAAGAGAUCCCACUUCAGCUCCGUGCAAGACUUGGUGACGGCCUUGCCACUGGCCAACGGCCAUGGCAAUAUAACGUCUCAUUUCGCGGUGGAGCCCACAUACCACUUCAAGGUGCUCGUGCCCUCGAUGGUGGCUGGUGCCAUCAUCGGCAAAGGGGGCGAAACCAUUGCUCAACUACAGAAAGAGACCGGUGCAAGAGUCAAGAUGUCCAAGUCUCACGAUUUUUAUCCGGGUACAACGGAAAGAGCAUGCCUAAUCACGGGCUCAGUGGAGGGAAUCAUGGUGGUAUUGGACUUUAUCAUGGACAAGAUCAAAGAAAAACCGGAGCUGGUGAAACCGUUCCCAGAGGGAGUUGACACUAAAAUGCCUCAAGAUAGAGACAAACAGGUGAAAAUACUAGUGCCGAAUUCAACAGCUGGCAUGAUAAUCGGCAAAGGUGGCAACUACAUCAAGCAGAUAAAAGAACAGAGCGGUAGCUACGUGCAGAUCUCGCAGAAAGCCAAGGAGUUGUCGCUGCAGGAGCGGUGCAUCACAGUAGUCGGCGAGAAAGAGAACAACAAGAAGGCGUGCCUCAUGAUCUUGCAGAAGGUGGUGGACGACCCGCAGUCGGGCUCGUGUCCGAACGUGUCGUACGCGGACGUGGCGGGCCCGGUGGCCAACUACAACCCGACCGGCUCCCCGUACGCGGUGCCCACCACCGAGGUGACAGAGGGGCACGCGCUGGGCGGGUCCGUGGGCUCGGUGGGCUCGGUGCUGGUGAACGGCGCCGCGGCCGCCGCCGGGCUCGCCGCGCUCUCGCUCACGCUGUCGCUCGCGCCGCCCGGCGCGCAGCAGCCCGCGCCGCUCACGCAGCACACGCUCGACCACAUCAAGGUGGCCCUCCGGCAGUCUGGAUACUCGGAAGCUGGUAUCAGCGAGAUCAGCGCGGCGCUGUCGCUGCUGGUGAAGCACGGCGUGUUGGGGCUGGCGCUGCCCACGGCGCUGCCCGCGGCGCCGCUCUCCGCCGCCUACUUCCCCCUGCCCGCACAGGACCCGCCCGCCGUAUUUGGGCCCAUUGGACAAGUUGGCCUUGACGGCAGCGCACACCAGCGAGGACUAUAUGGCGCGGCGGCCGGCGCGCGCGGCGGCUCGUUAGAGCGUUUCGCGGAGGUUGCAUUCGAGGCGCUUCGCCCCCCAGCCGUGGCGCCCAUCUCGCUGUCGGCGGGCGUCGGCGGCGUCGGCGGCGUGGGCGGCGUGGCCGGCUUCCCGUCCGCCUCGCUGCUGCCGCUCUCCAAGAGCCCCACGCCCGCCGACGCCGGCGCCAAGGACUCCAAGAACGUCGAGAUCGCCGAGGUCAUCGUCGGCGCCAUACUAGGCCCCGGCGGGCGCAGCCUGGUUGAGAUCCAGCAGAUGUCGGGCGCUAACAUCCAAAUCUCGAAGAAGGGCACGUUCGCGCCGGGCACCCGCAACCGCAUCGUGACCAUCACGGGCACCCCGACCGCCAUUAGCAGCGCGCAGUAUCUCAUCGAGCAGAAGAUCCAGGAGGAGGAGCUGAAGCGCACCCGCCACAACGCCAUCUCAGGUCUGAUGCAGUAACGGUGCCACGUGUCGUCGCGCUCUAGCGUAGUUGUAGUUCUAGUCACGCCGCCCACGCACGCGGAGCGAGAGGAGUGGCGCGAGUUACCUGACUCUAGUUAAGAAAAUAAUUUCUUUGUUUUGGUUAGCCGACCUUACGUUCGCAGCUCUCGGGACGGGCCGUCGGCGACUCGCAGGAGGUCAGUGGUCGAUCACUCAGCUCACAGGCGGCAGCGGUCAACUGGUCGUCUCGCAGACGGUCAGCGGCCGACUGUAGCUGUGCUAGCUAGACUGUAGAUGGUCGGCCACGCGGCCUGUAGACGGUUGCCCAUUAGAUGGGCGGCCAUCGCAUUCGUAUCGGGGCGUGCAAUACGCGCCGCCCGGCCCGUCCCGACACAUAGUUACCUAUUUACAUACAUAGAUUUAUGUAUAUUAAUUUUAUGAUUUAUGAUAUAAAAAUAGUGUUGAAUUAUUAUUAUUAUUAUUAUUAAUGCUAUUAUAAUUAUUAUGUUUUUAUUGUGAUGACAAAAAACUGUUGUUUCGCUCUGCGCAGCAGACGAGAGUUGUUUAAGAUUUAACGAAUAUACGAUUGUGAUAUGUCCUAUCACGGAAAUUCCUAUUCCAUACACAUUUUAUUUUUGUAUAUCGUCCACAGCGUUCAUUUAAUAUUUAAAACUUGAUUUCACUGUAAAUGUUACCAUUGAUAAGUUAUUUUUUAGUUUACGUGACGUAUUUAGUGUUAUUGUAGUGGACGCGUACGUGUCCUGUCCGCGUGGUGUGGCGCGUGGCGCGUGGCUGCCACACGCCACGCGGCGCGGUACCAGACGAGAGCGGCAAGGGGCGACCCUGGCCGGCUAAUAAUAUUGUGACCAAAGGUGGUAACGUCGCUACGCUACCGUACAAGUAUGUCUAUGUAGAAGUACAAGUAGUGCACGGCGCACGGCGGACGGCGGACGCGCGUCUGACCGUCCGCCGGUAGCCGCGCCUGGGAUCUGCUCGCCAGAGUUUCGGUCAUUCCUGAUUUCUCUCGUUAAAGAUCUUUAUUUUUUAUACAUUUAUAAUUAUUGUGUUAUAAUUUUGUUAGGAAUGUUUCAUAGUUAUUGAUUUGUUGUCGGUCUAAAUUUAUUACGAUAUAAGUACAAGUUUUAUAAUAAUGCAUGUCCAGAUUAGUAGAAAAUGAUAUAUUUUAAACAUUUUAACGCAGAUUUCUAUAUAUAUAUAAUUCAUGAAGACAAUAUUAUAAAAUGUUCUUAUUUACAUUCGCGAUCUAACAGUUAGUGAAUACGUUCGAGGCGCGCCACGUUCGAGCUAUACAUUAUUUUGUCGCCGUAGAGAAAUAUUAUUAUUAAUAAAUAUAACUGUGAUUAUUUGCCGACAUUAUCAAGGUACUUGGUGUCAGUGUCCACGUAGGGUAGACAACAGAUACUAUCCUCGCCGGAAAAUAGUUUUAAGUUGUUCGUUUACCUCACAAGUGCCAUCGUAGGUUCUCGUAGCACGGCAUGCAUGGCCGCCAUCUUGUGUACGCCACGCCGCCAUUUGCAAUAUGGUUGAGACUAUUUUCCCGUACGUCAUAGCUCCGGCCCACUAGCGAGUCACUUCAACAGAGGCGGUCAAUACUUAUCAAAAGGACAGAAGUACAAAAGAAAUCGUAAUAUUCAUAAUAAAAUAUAUUCGAAUCGGCUUAACUGACUAAUUUACGAUAGUGUGUAAGAAAAGGAAUUGAGAGACAUUCUCUGCUAAAGUUUCACUUGUAAGCGUUAUUCAAAUUGACGUUGAAUUAAUUAAUGAAUAAAGAGCACAUUGAGACGCCAUAACCUCGUACUUCCGUAAAAGUGAAAGUUCUAGUUAUAAAUAUAAUAUAUUGUAUGUAAGUUCUCCAGCGCAGUCCAACGACACGUGUAGCUAAGUUGUGUAUUGUUACUGGACUAUUUACGUGUGUUAUGUAGCUAACAUUUGCACUAGAUGCAUUCACAUAGUUAGAUAUAUCGUAAUAUAUUCAAUCUUUAAAGUGUAUAAUAGAUAUCGCUGUUCGAACUUUCUGGUGUUUUUCGACUUUUCUCAUCUUAAUAUAUAUAUAUAUAUAUAUAUGUAUAUUUGGGGGUAGGUACAGAUAUCGUUGUGUCAAUUAAAUUUGAGGUUAUGUCACGUUCGCGAUGGCCUUGAAAUGUAUCCGGCAUGCUCCGUCGGUGGCCGUUUCGAGACGGCAGUCGGCAGUACGCAGCGGCAGGAUCCACGUGGGAGUCAGUUUUUGAAGCGGUCGCGAUCGUGCUAAGCCUUUGGGCGUGUUGGCGGAGACCUCCCAACGCAUUUGCCUGUGAACGUCGAUUUAACAAGCUCAAUUUUUAUUGGAUUAAAAUCUUGAUUAGUCGGUACGUGUAAGUCAAAUACGUCAAUUAUUCAGAAAUUUUAAUUUCGGACGCUACUCGUCGCAGAGUAUUCAGUUUGUGCGAGCACUGGGGUAGAUAUAGUUGUACUCUUCUAUCUUUCUUCCUUUCAUUCUUUCUUUCUUUCUUACUUUCUUCUUUUCUGACGGUGUUAUACUCGUCUCUAUUGUUAAUCGGAAUGUUCCUCGCGGUGUUCAAUGCGGCUGUAGACGUUCUAACCGGUAUAUAAGCACGUUUUAUUUUUGCGUGCAAGAGACACAACGUACUCUUUGGCUUCGUUAAAUUAAAAAUUACGGCAAAGAACCUAUCGUUUGCAGCCAAGGGACUGUGCAAUCCGCGCCACCCUCUCACUUGUUAGCCCUGCCUCCUUACUCGCACAAUACGAUGUUUCAUUCUCUAAACACUGGGAGGAACACGCCGAAAGUUAAUAGUUAACAGUGGAAUUCUAGUUAGUUAUAAUUAUCAUAUUAAAACAAUAUAAUGGGUAUGUAUAGAUAAUUUAAAAUACUGGAAAAAAAAUGUUAAAAAGUUGUUAUACUGAAGUUGUUACAAUAUUUGAGAGUAUAUUAUCGUGGAUACAAAAUAAUUUAGUGCGGUAACAUUGUCUGAAUAAAGUUUAUCGCGUGGAAGAUAAUAAAUAGUUGAACGUCGUCCCGACCACUGUGUGGCCCGCGCGCACCACGCGAGCGGCGGCCGCCGUCCGGUGCCGUCCGGUGUCGUCCGGCGCUGUCCGGCGCCGCGUCGCCGCCGCCGCCGCCGCCGCCGCGGUCACGACCUUAUCGUACUGUUUCUGUGAUACUGACAAAUAUGCACCGUCGCACGUCGGUUCGACAUCGGCCUACACCGCUCGCACCGCCCGCACCCAUCCCCGCACCUCCCCCCUCCACCACCCCCCGCCACGUGCGGGUGCCUGUUACUGGUUGUGUCAAAUUGUUUAGGUCUCAUUGUGCAGGCGGGCGGUGGCGUUCCCGCGCCCGCAUCCGCACACGCACGCUCCUCCGUUAGUUGCGCUGUUAGUGUUAAGGGAAUUCAAUGUUGUAGGCUUAAGAUAGUUGUCAUUCUUCAUUCAGUGGAUACGAAGCGAGGUACAAGGUUGGAAUGUGGCGCCGGGACGGGUGCCAACUCGGAGUCCGCGCAUCUCAUCCUCCUUUUAAUUUUAAUAGCUAAAUGUUGUUGAAUUUGUUGAUAGCGUGGUUUAUUGUAAUUACUGUAGGUAGUUUAGUGGGUAUACAAGUGAAAGGUGGCAGCCGUUGGGUGCGCUAGGCUAGAGUAACGUUCGAUACUGUGUUUAGGAAAAUGGCUGUGCGUUCAAGUCGAACUCAACAUUAAGACAUCACCAUAACGCUUGUUUUUGGAUGGGCGCGGAUCGGACACGACCACCGCGCCGCUGCCGCCGGACACGCGCCGGCCACGUGGCAGCGCGCGCGCUUUGAACUCACAAUCUGUAUAUAAUUGCAUAACAUUUUUUCAUUUACGUUCUUCUCCUUGCUCAUUGUCAUCAAUUUAUUAAAGACUGAGGAAUCAACUUGCGCAUAUUGACAUCGUCACUAACGCGUCCCAAACGGUAGGGAUUAUUGUAUAAUUGUUUAUCAUUAAAAUUUUCACUCGGUUCCAUGUGGAAUACUCCGCAAGGAUGUGGUCGUGUGCGAUUCCCGCGGUACACUCGCAGUUUUCUACCUAAUUUGUAUUAUCUUUGUGUGAGGCGCGCCGCGGUGGCUGCGAGCCGUCGCGGCCGCCGCGCCCGCCGCGCCCCACUUCGUACGCGUUUGAGUUCCAUACGGCCUGCGAGUGUACGGUGUGAGAGCGGCCGUCCGCCGCGGACGCCCGCCGCCCGCCAGUCCGCCGCGGCCGAGCGGCGGGCGCCCGCGGCGGACGGCCGCGUACCGGAGUCUCAAGCGCCGUUCAGUCGUUGUCUCAUCAACCUUUACACAUGUUGAGAUUGAUAUGUUAUACUAAUUCUAUUGAAUUAUAACUUGUUGCGUAUUAUAAGUAUGUAUAGACAGCGCAGCGCCGGCACGCCGCGCCGCGCCGCGCCGCGCCGCGCCGCGCCGGUGCGCCGUGUAUAGUAUAUGUUGAAACAUUUGUUGCUGUGUAGUUCAGUGACGGAAUUUUUAUUUUAUUAUUAUUUUUGUUAACUUGGUUUACUAUAAACGGGUCUGCAAUGUUACGUAUGAGAAUAAUAAUUAAGUUUGAAUGAAGUGUUAAAUAAUUUUUGAAUUUUAAAUUCAUUAUAUUUUAGUCAAUGUUUAUAAUUUAGUUGAACAGAUUAAUUUCCUAAUGAAAUGUUAUUUUGCAAUGUUGUAAAAGAUAAGAGGUAAAAUGGAAGGUUAAAAUGUCUUAGUGUUUAAAAAUCGAAAACCAAUUAAAAGGUACCUUGAACAUUGUCUAUAUUAUAUUAACAUUAAAUAAAUGCAAAAAUGAAA